AUGGCCAAUUGUUUGCAGGUAGACGAUGGAAGCGAGGCGAUCCCCAUGGCUAGUUGGGAAGCUGAGGCCAUUCAUGACUAUGGCAAAGCGUACGCACGUAAAUAUUCCGAUUUUAGAGACGAUCAAGCGACGGUUUGGACGAGCAUGUACGAGAAAAAUCUCGGUCGGAAAGUCAGUAGACUACCUCCAUGGGAAGUUUCUCAAACUGGGCGAAAAGAGAGCUCGGAAAGACACUUUGGAGACCCGGACAAGAGGGAUUUUGCUUCGAUCCAUUUAGAAAGGGCUGCUCACUCUGGUGUGCUUGGACAGAAAAAACGCAUAUCAGUUAUAUCGUAUCAAGAGAGCGGAAUAGUUUUUUUCUUAGUCAGUAUUUAG